AUGGAGGCAUCUUCGAGAAAUAGUACAUUUGUUUUGAGCAGUCCACCACUCGCAGCCUUACAUAAUCUCACAGAAAUGAAAUUCCCGGCAUCGUCGUCGAUAAUGUCGAGUGCCGAAUAUGAACAGAACUUAAAACAUAUGCAACAGUUAGCGUCCCAAACGACGCCACACGGCAUUACAGACAUUUUAAACCGACGGGCAGCAUUAAACGGUAUGGGAAUGCCUAGAUUUAAUGCUGGCAUGUACCUUAGUCCUCAAGUUCAGUUUCCAAAGAUAGCCGAAUUACCUGGAAGACAACCUAUAUUCUGGCCUGGUGUUCUUCCUCAACCGUGGCGACCACAAGGCGAGUCAGCAACCCAGAGUUCAAUGGUGGUCGAUAAAGACGGUAAAAAGAAACACACGAGACCCACAUUUUCUGGUCAACAAAUAUUCGCCCUGGAAAAAACAUUUGAACAGACAAAAUACUUAGCAGGUCCAGAAAGAGCCAGAUUAGCCUAUGCAUUAGGCAUGUCAGAAAGUCAAGUUAAGGUUUGGUUCCAGAACAGACGAACAAAAUGGAGAAAACGUCACGCAGCAGAAAUGGCUACCGCCAAAAAGAAGCAAGAACAAGCAGAAGACAUGGAAGAUAUCCCUUCAGACGGCGAAGACGAUAACGCAGACGACGGAAAUAGUUUAUGUGGACUUGAAGGAUUAGGACCCUGA